AUGGAAAGAAUAGUAUCGUCAACUCGGCCACAAAUAGUCCCGUUUAUUCAAGUAUCAUCUCCAACUUAUUUUCGAAAAAUCAAUAAUAUAGUUUGGUCGUUGACAUUAUUUGUAUUUUUAAUAGGAUUCUAUAUCGGUUUAAUUCCAUUUAUGUGUGGUCUUUGUCUUGCGAGAUUACGCAAUAGCAUUGCAGAUGAAAUAGCACUUAAAACUAAUAAUAUAGAACUCGAAGAAUCUCUUGUUAAUAUAAAUAACGACAAAGAUCAAUUUUUUCACUGUUUUAUGAAUAAUACAACAUUUGAUGAAUUAGAAAUUUUGUUGAAGAAACAACAAUAUCAAUUAAAACAAGACCAGAUCUUCAAAAACAUACGAACUAUAUUGAAUUGUUUAUCAAUUAUUAAUUUAAUUAUUGCAUUCGUUAUAUGGAGUGGAUUAAAAUUAAUUAUUUUCAAUUCAUUUAUUACUUUUUUACUCCUAUUUGGAUCGAUUUGUGUUGUCAAUCAAAUACAUAUGAUUUAUUUUCAAUUAUCAGUUUUAAUUACAUAUACAUUUGUAUCUUUUCCAUCAUUUUAUAUUAUAAUAAUCGACAUGAUAGAACUAAAUCAGAGACAAACAUAA